AACACACAACGCUUAUUCUUUCUAACCGCAGAGGACGGAACAAGUGUUUGGAGCGCAACUUAUUUUUGACAGAUUUUCCUUUUGGUUCCUGAAACAUUUUUGCCGGUCAUGGCACCAAUUCUGCUGAACUGCAUGGGGAGCGACCACAUGAAGCAACACGUCCAGGUGAAAAACCCUUACUUGGAUGCCAUGGAAGAGGAUAUUCUCUACCACUUCAGCUUAAGUACCAAGACCCACAACCUUCCAGAAAUGUUUGGCGAUAUCAAGUUUGUGUGUGUAGGUGGAAGUGCGAAUCGAAUGAAGGCCUUUGCCCAGUUCAUCCAUCAGGAGCUGAGUCUGCCUGGAAGCUGUGAUGAACUCACGGAUAUCUGUGAGGGGACUGACCGCUACUGCAUGUAUAAAGUGGGACCAGUGCUCUCCAUCAGUCAUGGCAUGGGUGUCCCUUCCAUCUCCAUCAUGCUGCAUGAGCUCAUCAAGCUGCUGCACCAUGCCCACUGCCGUGAUGUGGUCCUCUUUCGCCUGGGAACAUCCGGCGGAGUCGGUCUGAAUCCGGGGACAGUGGUGAUCACUGAGAAGGCAGUGGACUACUCCUUCCGCCCCCAGUUUGAGCAGGUUGUUCUGGGUAAAGUUAUCACCCGGAGCACCGAGUUGGACGAGGGACUGGCCAGCGAGCUCCUGCAAUGCUCCUCCGAACUCCAGGACAUACCAACAGUUAUUGGAAACACCCUGUGCACCCACGACUUCUAUGAAGGUCAAGGCCGACUAGACGGCGCUCUGUGCUCCUUCUCUCUUGAAGAGAAACAAGAGUACCUGAGGAAAGCCUACGAGGCCGGGGUGAAGAAUAUCGAAAUGGAGUCCACCGUCUUUGCUGCCAUGUCCCGUGUCUGUGGCGUCAAAGCGGCCGUGGUCUGCGUGACGCUGUUGAACCGCUUUGAGGGUGACCAGAUCACCACGCCUCAUGACGUGCUGGUAGAGUAUCAAAAGAGACCUCAGCUGCUGGUGUCACACUUUAUCAAGAAACGCCUGGGACACAUCGUCUGAGACUCCCUCUCCCAUGGCCCGUAACCCAGACAUAGGCUGCCACACACAGGCGUAGGCUUCCACACACAGAUGUAGGCCUCUACACACAGGCAUAGGCCUCCACACACAGAUGUAGGCCUCUACACACAGGCGUAGGCCUCCACACACAGAUGUAGGCCUCUACACACAGGCGUAGGCAUCCACACACAGGCGUAGGCCUCCACACACAGAUGUAGGCCUCUACACACAGGCGUAGGCCUCCACACACAGGCGUAGGCCUCCACACACAGAGUGUAAAUAGCGAUGGCGUCAGCUGAUUUGUAGAUAUGUAUAUACUCGACGUGUUGAUAUGUGUAUUAGACACUUAUUUAUAGAGUUACUUUAUGGUCACGUAAGGAUUUGUGAUUUCUUUGAUGAUCAUGUAUUUCACACGUGUUAGUAUGCAUGCCAGCGGUGGCUAACCGUGUGCCACGGAGACCGUGUGUCUGCAGGUUCUCAUUGCAGCCGGACUCCACAGCAGCUGAUUUCACUGAUUAGCAACACUUCAGCCAAAAAGGAAGAAAGUAUCAGUGACGUCACCUGGUGUGGAGUCCGGCUGCAAUGAGAACCUGCAGACACACGGUCUCCGUGGCACACUGUUAGACACCGCUGAUGUAUGGUGUCAUGACAAAGUUAUGUAAUCGUCAAAAUAAAAGAAGCCUUCUAAUAAGUGACUUUGACCUCUGAACUUCUCUUGAAAAACAUGGUUUAUUGUAUUCUAGUUGUCAGACUAUGUUUUAAUAUGGCCUGUCUCUGGUCCUGGUUCUAGUUGUCAGACUAUGUUUUAAUAUGGCCUGUCUCUGGUCCUGGUUCUAGGUGUCAGACUAUGUUUUAA